GUUCGAAGUUCAAAAAUUCAUAGAAAAGCAUAGAGGUUAUAAAGGUGUAUUUACUGUGACACACUUAACCUUGCAAUUGAAAAAAUCAUUUUCAUGGAAGAAGUGGAUGUUUUCGUGACUGAUCCUACAACUUUGGAUCUUGAAGUUUAUAACCUUUGGCUGAAAGGAUAUUCAGAACAAGAAGCUGCAGAACAUCAGACGAAACAUGGGUACCUUCAGCAAGUGGGAGCUACACCUGCUAUCAUUGCAAGUGAUAUUGCUGAUCAAUAUCGAGUAUUUCUUGUCUUAGAACAUUUCUUACAAACACCAACAUUGUUAGCAACACAACUUAUACUGCAGAUUCCCUCUGAUGUCCAGGAUAGACUGAUUGAAAGGUAUUAUGAAUUUGACAACAUAAUUGUUCGAGACUUAUUAGGUAAAAAAUUGACAACCAGACUACGAAAAGACCUGGAUGAAAUUUCAGAAAAAACAAAUAUUCCCUUGAAAAGUUGUAAAAGACAGUAUGAUAAUAUAAAAAACAUUUUUAAAGCAGUUGAAGACUCAACAGGGGAUUUGGUAAAAAACAUUAAAACAGAGUUUUUGCUGUCAGAAAAGCUUUCAAAAUUAUAUGCUUGCAUUGUAUUCAUGUCGUAUCACAAAUUUGAAACAGGAAAGAGAAGGUUAACGUACUUAACGUUUGCAGAUUGUGCUUACUGUGUUGACCACAUGAUCACUAAUUGGAUGACCAGUUCAUCAGAUAUCACCGACUCCGACACUGCUCUUGAUAUGGAUAAAAACUUCCUUCAAGAACUCAGGGACCUCAAAACGUUCAGCUCUGAUAAAGAUAUCGCAGAUGAACACAAAAGAGCAGUUUUUACAGAAUUAAAAACGAAAGCGUCAAAGGAGAUCGCAAAGACGUUCGAUCCUCAUGUUAAAAAUCUUGAUCGUAUAUUGAUAAACAUUGGUGCUGGGCUUAUUCACCAGAAAGACAUGAAGGAUAUAUUCUUAGAUUUAAUUGAAAAGUUUAUGGAACCUUGUAAACAGCUUAAAUUAACCGUCAAUGGUUUGUCGACGUUUCUUCAAGCACUUAUGUCAACUUGCGAAAAACUUUCUUCGGUACAAAAAGCUGGUUUAUUACGUCUUGUUCCAGUCUACGUGCGUUACCUAACAGUGGUUCACGAGUGUAUCGUACGAAUAUACCCAAAAUUGUGAGGCACCCGUUUUACCACGGGGCCACCCUAUGCAGUACGACAGAAAUGUACUACCUAUGUGACACAGUCGUUGGAUUUUUGCAUGAUAACACUCGAAAAUCGAACGAAGAAGAUUCCGGAUCUGUCUUGUACCUGAGGUCAAAGACUCGAAGUGUAUAGAUAUAUGGUUGUUUACUAUUUACAUGAAAAGUUAAUGGAACAAGCAUAUUUUGAUAGCCCAACCAGA